CGUAGUGGUUUUUAAUUAACCUUGAGUGAGAUACAAAUUCGUUCAGUGCAAGAUGAAGGUGCCGAUGCUGCAUAGGAGCACCCAAAUGGCGCUGCUCAAGAAGCAGAUCCAGCGGAAGGCGAACGAGGUGCGCCAGCGGAAGAGACACGCCCGGAGGCGCCUGGAGCUGAUGCGCAGGAUUCGGGAUCAGCUGCUGAACAGGAUGCGGGUGUCCAUAGAUGUGCGGCAGAGGGACACGGAGCAGAAUCGGAGGGAGAGGGCGCGCAGGGCGGUGGGCAGCAUGUUGGCCAUGUACAAAAACUGGCUGCGCAACUGUUCGAGAUCGCUGAGGAAACAAAACCAGCUAAUCCACCAACAGGAGCUGGUGAAGAAGAGACUCGAUCAAAGGCUGCAUCGGUUGAGGAAGCAGCUCAAGACACACCAGAGUCCAAAACACAUUGUGGACAAUUGCUUCAGGAGACUCGCCAAAGCGAUGAGAAAAUGGCAAAACAGCUCGGAUUAUCAUCGGUUUAUUGAGGGGCAGGAUCAAAUCUGGGAGUCCGAGGCCGAGGAGGUCAAGAAAUACUUAUUGGAUUUUCGGAAAAAGAAGCCCCGAAAACGUCGUCGUCGUAGGGUUAGCCAGGAUUCCACAUUGGCCGGCUUCUCCUCCUUCUGGGAAACCGAAGUGCUGCGAAAACGCGUGAAGGUAAAUCAACAAAAGCCUAUCCCAGAACCAAUAUUAGAAUUAAAUUUAUAUUCGCCACCCAAAAAAACUAAAAAAUACAUAAGAAAAAAAAGAAAAGCCAAACCCAGAACAAUACAUCUUAAUAUAGAUGAACUCGUCCCACAAAAUAAUAUUUUUGAAAAGAAGAGACCUAUUCGUAAGCGAACCAAACGAGAUCCCGAUGCGCCAUCAUUCACCAAACUUAGGGUGUUGAUAAAAGAACUACUAAGAUUCGAUUUUUCAGUAAAAAGAAAAAGUCAGUUAAGUAGGAAGAGUUCGUCAUUUGAAAAACGGAAAAAAGAUCGUAAACGAAUGGAAAUGCCGGGGAUUUCAGUUAUUUCCGAACAACCAAAGCUUAAAAAACGAAAGUUCCGCAAGGUGAAAAAAACGCCUUAUUCGAAUAUAACGAAAGUACUACAACUAGAAAAUGUACCCAAAGCCAAAAUCCUUAAAAUUAAAACUAAGGUGCUGAAAAAGUAUAAAAAGAAAUUUAAAAAACAGAUAAGGAGUUACGAGGAUCUGAUUAUUGGGGAUGAGCUACAAAAAGGUUUACAGAAAAAUAAAAUGAAAAAGAUUUCAAGUGAGCAUAAAAUAGCUGCAGUAAAAGCGCAGAAGAAAGCGGCUAACAAAGAGAAGAAAAGGAAGUUAUUUGCCAAACUAUUCAGUAAUCUGUCCUUAUUCGUUAAUCGAAAUAGAAUGAAAAGAGGGGGACAUGCUCGUCGUCAUAAACAUGGUUCGGAUAGUAGUUCGUUCUUCUCCAACGAAGUGAUGAUCCCUUCGGAUGAUGAAACUCAAAUAAUGCUGAGAGAAAUUAAAUCGCGACCCAAAUUAACAGACAAAGAAAGCGUUUCCCAACUUGAGUUUGACGAGGAUAUCGUUGUAUCUCUGACUGAUUCACAGCAAAGAAUUUUGGCGCCACAACGACCGCGGAGAAGUGUCCGUCGAUCUUUUCGCGUGCCGUUAAAUUUACCAAAAAUAAAAAAAGUUGCUGCUCCAAAAAUUCAAGAGAAAAGCCACUAUCAGUCCCUCAAAAAGGAUAUGAUGUACAUUCCCUAUAGAAGUUCAGGAUCGGUGCGAUCGAGGAGGUCCAAACGGUUCUCCACUCGUCCGUCGGAAAGCGAUCCUUUGUUAAAUCAAAAGCAGAUCGGAAAGUAUCUUGCAAAGUAUUUUUCCGAUAGCUUUCUGCCUGAUAGAAAGGAAAGAAGCCGUGGCAAACAAAAAAAAGAUUUCCAAUCUUCCAAAAGAAUCGAUGGGAGUCUUAGAAAGAGUGUGUCCGAUAGCAUUCUGAUCGGUCAAAAGGGAAGAGGGCGUGGACUCAAAAAAGACAAGUAUCGAAAAUUCGAUAACUUGGAUAAUGCAAGGAGCUUUUCCGAUAGCAACCUGACUGGUCGAAAAAGAAAAGCCCGUGGGUUAAAAGAUCAAGAGAGAAAAGACAAAGAUGGAACAACCGAUAAGAACGAUUUCCAAACUGGCGAAAUCGACGAAUCUAACAAAAGACUCGGUUCCAAGACUAGAAAAAGUACGAUUCUUGAAACUGGAUAUCAAACUGGCGAUGAAAACGUUUCUCCAACUGAAUUAAAGGAGUUUGCUCAAACUGGAAGUAAUAACGAUCCCCAAACUGGUGAUAAAAGCGUUCCUUUAGAUGACAAAAAGAUUCUUCCUCACGUUGGUAGCAGUAUUGCGAUGAACUACGAUCCAUACUCUGGCAAAUUUUACGUGUCUUGGCCUGGCGAUAAAAAAAGUACUCCAAAAAGCGAUCCUAACGUUCCCGACGAUUUCGAAGGUGAAAUUCCCCCAACUAGCGAAAACUACACUCCCCGAUUUGGGGAAAACUACACUCCGCGAUUUGGCGAAAACUACACUCCCCAAAUUGGCGAUUACAAAACUCCACUAACUACCGAGGAAAACCUUUCACGAUCCGAUGAUAAAAUCGCUUCUAAAGAAAGGACUCUGUCCCGCCUUGAAAAAAGUCGACAGGCUGGCAACAAAAGUGUUGAGAAAAACUUGUAUGGAGACAGGGAUUCAGGCCGCAUUAAAAUUAACGAAAAUCCAAUUAAGUCAGCAAGUCCAGUUAAUAGAGCUUCGAGGUCCCCAAAAUCGCGUUAUAUUCACCACCAGAACGAAUUCAACUAUGAAUAUCUGCCGGAUUUAGAGAAGUUAUUUGAGCUCGAGCCAUAUUCCAGCUACGAACAAAUUUUAAAAUCACAGGGGGAUGUUCCACACUCGAGGCCUAGUGAACCGGAUCGUAGAAAAUUCCGGCUUGAGGAUAUGGAAACUGAUAGUCGAUACUCUUAUGUGCGGAAUUUCCUGAAGGAAGUUAUAGAAAGUAACCCCGUCAUCGACAGUUUGGCUGAUGUCAAGGGUUUUAUGGCGGUGGUAGCGAAACACAGUAUGUGGGACAACCUCCAGCGUCUCCUCAAUGAGUUGCUGAUAUCGGGAUUGAGUGAUGAGGAGAUAAGGCAGAUGCUCUCCACCAAAUAUGUGGACUAUCUGAAGAAUAUUAUGACCGAAAUGCAUUUCGCAAAGGUGGAGCCGCCCCGCGAUGCAAUGCUCAAUGUUGUGGACAUCCAUCCCGGCAAGGAAAGGCAAUCAAGCCAUUUCGGCAGGCUGUCCACCAGGAACAUCCCAAAACCCAGGCAGAGCACUCGACUCAUUCCCUUUGGGAUGCGGGGCCUAAACACGCGGCUUUCGCAGGAAAACCGAAUUAACCCUGGCCUGUACAAAAAACUUAUCGAACAGGAGAUGAAUGCAGAGCGAUUGAAGGUCGAGAGCCGAAAGCUGAAGAUGAACCCCUCCUUUAGCCGGCUUUUCGGAUCCCCUGCAUCGAGCAUGAGUCUUAAUGCCAGCAUGGAUGUGGCUCUAACCGACGAACUGGAUCUAAAGAACUCGGAAAUGAGGUACUCGUUGAAUAACCUCAAGGACCUAAUGAACGCGCACAAAAUGAAGUUUAAGGCUUUAGAGCGCCAGAAGAAGAGGAUGGAAGGAGUGAUCGACCAAAUACGUUCCACCACACAAUUUUGGCGUCCCGUAGACAAGUCCAUGUCCACGUACAGCACAAGAAAGUCUAGGAAAAAGUCCACUGUGAACUCCAAAAAGGUUAGGAAAGACCUUAGGCCAAUUGAGGAGCUGUACUACUCGCCACGAAAGACUGCCCGCCUGCAAAGGAUUUGCGAGGAUCUGGAGUGUUCGGAAUGCGAUUGCCAGGAGGACGAAGAUACCGAAUCGAUGGUGCUGCAAAAGUGCCCGAGAUGUGGAGUCAAAGUUCCCGUGCCGGCAGCCACUUCCCCUCUUUACAUUACUCCAUCGUCCAGCAGCAGCGAGAUCCUGUCCAGCGGAUCCAUAGAAGCCUGUGCCAAGAACCAGUUGGUCAUCAACACCCUUGAAGAUCUUUGUGCGAGAUGUGGAUUUAUUCAUGACCGGGAAAAACCUUGCUUGAACUUACCACAAACUUCGAGGAAAAGUAAUCUCCUACAGCGGAUUAAGGAUACUGCACCCAAAGCGCCAAAGUGUCCGGCAUUCUGUUCGCCCCGCGGGAUCCUCAAGAAGUGCAGAAGUUUUGAUCGUUAAACGAGGAGUACAAGGAGUUGAGUGGCGAGCGAACUCCGGAAGUGCAAGGAUAUGAGCACCAAAUCAGCCGACUGAGGCGAAUGAAACAUUUGGUUUAAGUGCUAAAUAAAUUCAAGUAAUGAGUUUGCCUCUGUCUGUGGGUGUGCCUGUGUUGUUAAAUGCUUUGCCAAGUUUCAUAAAAUAUGCAAGGACUUGGCCACAAACACACCCACAAACAGGGGCGAGCACAUGCGAUGCACUCACGUACAGGGAAAA